AUGCUUUCUGCCGCAACACCAGCGCCACCGGCGGUGCGUCAGGUGGAGCAGCCAGACGAUCAGGACGCUCUAGAUUCGUCGGCAAAGCUUCCAGAUACCCCCAUGCAGGAUCAAUUCACGGACGACCCUUUCGACUAUGUUUACACGGAGCCAAACGCUGACGCCGAGCAACCACAUCUCGUUACGCAUGUCAAAGUCUACGCCAUCGCUGAGAAGUAUGGUAUCGUUGGGCUAAAGUCUCUUGCCCGCAAGAAAUUCGCAGACCAGAUCCAGGCCCAUCUUAGUAGCGAAGAGUUACCAGAAGCGUGCCAGGAAGCGUACGAAUCGACGGUUGACACAGAUCGAGGGCUUCGGGACAUCAUCAUCCAGACUUUCCGUUCGAACCCAGAUCUUUCAUCUCGAAAGGAUGUGGAAGCGGUGCUCCGUGACACACCUGGUCUGGCAUUCGAGCUUUUCAGGGUAGCAAGCGGGCUGCCUAUCACUUCGUGA